AUGACUGUCGGUUCCAACAAUCAGAACAUCUCUUUUUUUGCCAGCGGAGAUUACAACGAGACCUAUAUUUAUGGAAUGGAUGGAUUCUGUACAGAUUCCUACUCAUCGCAAGCAUGCGUAACAUUCCGUGGCGGAGCAUACGAUGCAUCAAAAUCGUCUACAGACAAGUCAAUCGGCAGUCGAAAGGAUAGUGAUGGCUUCAAAGUGGACUGGAUGGAGGAUACUCUAAGCUUCGGCAUUAACACGUCGCUUUCUUCGUUUGGAUUCGGUGUUCCGAAACAAGACCUCAAUCAGGCCUUCACGAGUCAAUCACAGCUCGGCUUGGGCAGGAACUCAGCGUUCUUACAAGCACUCGGGCUCGUGGGUGGUCCCGCCGAGAAGCAGACUCGAGGGUCAUUGGUUCUCGGCGGUCUAGACAGAUCGUUAAUUUCAGAUCCCAAUGACAACUUCACAGCAUCACUGUUCCGAGGCAGCCGCUGUGGGACGGGCAUGGUGGUAACGAUCAGCGAUAUUCUUCUGAACUGGCCAAACGGUACCGACACGAGCGUGUUUAUGGGGUCACAAUCAGCGGCGAUACAAGCAUGUAUAAGUCCUAGCUUUGCGGGACUAAUGACACUUCCACUGAACUAUUACAACAACUUCAGAUUGCUCACGGGUGGAACGCCUCCGGAUAACAGGACUGAGGCAAGAAGCCUCGGUAUUAACUAUUUUACAAUGCUGUUUGACCCGAGCAACGUUUAUUACGGAGGUCUAACGAUCCAGCUUCAGAACAGCAUCUCAGUGAAGAUUCCCAACACCGAACUCGUCGUUCCUGACACAUACAUUGCCUCCAAUGGCGCAGUACAGACAAAUACAUCGGUGCGAAACGUUGUCAUCAAUUCACUUCAGUCCUAUAAUAGCAACGAUCUGCCAGUCCUUGGCCGGCUGUUCAUGAGCUCGGCCUACAUAAUGGUCAAUCAAGAAGCCGAGAGAUUUUCCGUCUGGCAAGCGAGCAUAGGGUCGAGGACCCCUGAUGUAGUCGCAGUCGACAAACAGAAUAACAUGGUUAGCGAGUUUUGCACGAACUCGACGGGUAAAUCAAUCGAUGCCGCACCUUCGCCAACCUCUUCCGGCAAUAUCCUAGUGCCACAAAACGAAGCGCCAAAGCUGUCAGGUAGCUUAAUCGGCGGGAUAGUCGCUGGUGCGUUGGGAGGUUUUGCCAUACUUGGCGCCAUUGGCUUCAUUCUGUAUCGGAGACAAAGGGUAGGUAACGCGGCAAUAAAGGCAGUGCAGGAACCAGAAUUGCAGAUAAUACCAGAUGCAAAGCCGCCUACACUUGCUGUAGUUCGAGCGGUGCCUCUGGAACUUCCUGCAAAUCAGUACGAUAUAAGAGAGCUGGACGGUCAGGCCGUCUGUAAUAGCAGAGAAUAUUAA